GGCCUCCACCAAGGCGGCCAACAUCAUCAAUUACGCUCAUUGCCAGAAUCCCCAAGCGCCCUACUCUGACUUAGUCCUGGAUACUAAAUUCGUCAGUACAGACAGACCCUGUUCCUUUUGGCGCUAUCUCUUCCGUUACCAUACCUUCCUCCUUCCUUACCUUGCUUGCUUCAGCUACGGGGGGAAACAUCGUUUCGAAAUUCAUAUUAUAAUACUUCCCCAAGACCCAAAACGUCUCAACCUCUACCCUUCUUUCUUCACGGAUCUCGAACCCUACCGUCGUCGCUGCUUGCACACCUUUGGACCCUUUUGUCUACUUUGUCAUUCUUUACAAAUAAUGGAAUCCCCAAUCAAAGCUUCUGCUCCCGCAGCCGUGAGCGCACCUAUUCUUCCUCCACCCAAAAGGUCAAUGUCUACUACCAAACCCAAGCUUCCCCAACUCAAGACUCCAAUGUCUUCAACCUUUCCCUCCGAGCUAUCAGCUCUAUCAAAUUCCGCACGUAGCCCACUUCCUGGCUAUGCCGACUUUAUCAUCAAACAAGAAGACUCUAUCAAGACUCCCAUUACCCCUCCUCUUGCAUAUACCGAUUUCCUCAAGACUAUGAACAGCCCCGUCGUUACAGAGAUUAAGUGUUCGAGGCCAACGCCCACAUCUGCACCCUCAUCAGAAUCUUUGACUAGCAGUGAAGGUAGUGACUGUUCAUGCAAUUGCGAUGCACAUAAGUCACCAGCCACUUCUGUUCCUCCUACACCAUUCAGCUACCCAACAUCCGCGCCGUCAUCUGCGAUCCUGGGACGUCUUCGCAUUCCAGCUUCACCAGCAUCUUCAUAUGCUGAGUCUCCCUUAAGCGCACGCUCUCCCUUUAGUGCACGAAGCGCACGUUCGCCAUAUGAUUGGGAUCUUAGAGGCAAGGCAAGAUACUUUGAUAUCAAGCCACAGAAACAAACACGGUCAAGCGUUCGUCAAGUCAGGGAAGUUGUCACCCGAACAGUCACAUAUACACCUCGAAUGAGUCCCGCACCCAAGGGCAAGAGAAGGAAAGUCGACCAUCAUGUGGAGUGAAUAUUUUAUACCAAUAUGCUACCCCUCAUUUCGGCAUUCCAUUUAUCGCAUUUCAUACAUCAAUACGUUCCUUUAGAACUACAUAUAUUUACAUCACUACUCAUUAUAACAUAUUUCUUUUGUCACCGCCGACGUCAAGCAACAAAAACCUUUAUAUUUAACGACUUUAUGGCUUCAUUUCUUGAUUGCGACAAUAAUGGCACCGUCGUGUCUUGUUUAGGGAGGAAAAUGUGCGAGCUCGGCGAUUAUAGCCUGGAGUCUCAUCUGGAGUUCCGGAGUGGACAUCAUUCAUAGCACGGCUUUGGUGUUAACAAGCGGACUGACUAUUGCAUUUUGUGGGGUUUGCUUGGAAUUUGGGAAGUACAGGAAUAGGAGUGGAGGAUCAGGCUUUCUUUUUUUUUUUUUCAUUGAGGAGAACGGGACUUAAUUGCUGGCUGUUGGCGUAUAAUUUUGUACAUGGGCGUUUCACGGGCAUGUCUGAGAGAAUGGAUACUUCCUAGGUGCUUAGAAGAAAUCUUGGGAGAGAAGACGAAUCUAGGAUCAUGGGAAGAGGAGGAGUGGUGAGAUGAAGCUAUAGUGGAGUGUUCCGUAUAAGCUAGCCAAUGAAUACAAAAAACAAUAUUAUAUCACA